CUCAGUUCAUUAAUGAAGUUGCUUAGCCCUGGUCUACACUACGAGUUUAGGUCGAAUUUAGCAGCGUUAGAUCGAUUUAACCCUAUACCCGUUCAUACAACGAAGCCAUUUUUGUCGACUUAAUGGGCUCUUAAAAUCGAUUUCUGCACUCCACCCCGACGAGGGGAUUAGUGCUGAAAUCGACAUUGCCGGGUCGAAUCUGGGUUAGUGUGGAUGCAAUUCGACAGUAUUGGCCUCCGGGAGCAGGCCCACAGUGCUCCAUUGUGACCGCUCUGGACAGCACUCUCAACUCGGAUGCAGUGGCCAGGUACACAGGAAAAGCCCAGCAAACUUUUGAAUUUCAUUUCCUGUUUGGCCACCGUGGCGUGACCACACAGACAGAGCUCAUCAGCAGAGAUAACCAUGGAGUCCCAGAAUCGCAAAAAAGCUCCAGCGUGGACUGAAUGGGAGGUACUGGAUCUGUUCGCUGUAUGGGGAGAUGAAUCCAUGCUAUCAGAACUCUGUUCCAAAAGAUGAAAUGCCAAAAUAUUUGAAAAAAUCUCCAAGGGCAUGAAGGACAAAGGCUAUCACAGGGACCCGCAGCAGUGCCGCGUGGAACUUAAGGAGCUCAGGCAAGCCUACCAAAAAAUCCAAGAGGCAAACGCUCGCUUGGGGUCAGAACCCCAGACAUGUCGAUUCUAUGAUGAGCUGCAUGCCAUUCCAGGGGGUGCCCCUACAACUACCCCACACCUGUAUGUACACUCCUGCAAGGGAGUCUCACGCAACAGGGAUGAGGAUUUUGGGGAUGAGGAAGAUGAUGAGGAGGGGGAGGUUGAAGAUAGCGCACACCAGGCAAGCAGAGAAACCAUUCUCCCCGACAGCCAGGAACUGUUUAUCACCCUGGAGCCAAUACCCUCCCAACCUGGGCUCCCGAACCUUGAAGCCAGAGAAGGCACCUCUGCUGCAAAUGUUUCAACGCUGCGACUAGCAUCUCCGUCCUAGAGGCUAGCGCAGAUAAGAAGGCGAAAAAAAACUCACGAGCGAUGAAAUGUUCUCUGAGCUCAUGCUGUCCACCCAAACUGAAAGAGCACAGCAGAAUGCGUGGAGGCAGACAAUGGCAGAGUCCAGGAAAGCACAAAAUGAACAUGAGGACAGGAGGGACGUGCGAGAGGAUAGAUGGCUGGAGCAACACGAGAGGUGGCGGGAUCAAGAGGAAAGGUGGUGGCAGCAUGAUGAAAGGAGGCAGGAUGCAAUGCUGAAGCUACUGGAGGAUCAAACUGAUAUGCUCCAGCGUACGGUUGAGGUACAGAAAAGGCACAGACCGCAAUUGCAGCCCCUGUGUAACCAACCACCCUCCUCCCCAAGGUCCAUAGCAUCCUUACCCAGAUGCCCAAGAACGCGGUGGGGAGGGGGCCUCCGGCCACCCAGCCACUCUACCCCAGAGGACUGCCCAAGCAACAGAAGGCUGGUAUUCAAUAAGUUUUGAGGUGCUGUGUGGCCUUGUCCUUCCCUCCUCCCCUCAUCCACCACCCCACCCGGUGCUUCCCUCCUCCCCCACCCCUUCUGGGAUACC